GCAGGAGCGGAGGACGCUCGCCUUUUCCGGGCCGGGAACUGGUAAGAGACUACUUCCGGUGGCAGGGCUACGUCACUUCCUUUCAAGCCAGGCGUUUGGGUGGUGGGUCCUCACGCGCUUUCAACAUGCGCAUCGAGAAGUGUUAUUUCUGUUCGGGGCCCAUAUACCCCGGCCACGGCAUGAUGUUCGUCCGCAACGAUUGCAAGGUGUUCAGAUUCUGUAAAUCCAAGUGUCAUAAAAACUUUAAAAAGAAGCGCAAUCCUCGCAAGGUCAGGUGGACUAAAGCAUUCCGUAAAGCAGCUGGUAAAGAGCUUACAGUGGAUAAUUCAUUUGAAUUUGAAAAACGUAGAAAUGAACCUGUCAAGUACCAGCGGGAGUUGUGGACUAAAACUAUUGAUGCAAUGAAGAGAGUUGAAGAGAUCAAACAGAAACGCCAAGCUAAAUUUAUAAUGAACAGGUUGAAGAAAAAUAAAGAACUACAGAAAGUUCAGGACAUCAAAGAAGUCAAGCAAAACAUUCAUCUUAUCCGGGCCCCUGUUGCAUCCCGAGGAAAACAGCUGGAAGACAAAAUGGUACAGAAAUUACAACAGGAUGUGGACAUGGAAGUUGUUUCUGAAAAUCUUAACUGUCUGUAACCAUUCCUGUGAGUGCGUUGGAAAAUCUCCUUUAGAGACUUAAAACUUCUACAUUUGAUUUUUUACAUAAAGUGACUCAAAUGAAAAGGUGAUUAAAAGUACAUCUCUUCUACUACAUUGCUAUCUGCAAAACAUCAGAUAUUAACAGAUACAAGAUUGCAUCUCAGUGCUUCACUGAUAGAUGUACUUAUGUAAAUCAUGAAAAUUCUGCAAACAAGUGAAUUGUGGACAUAAAAUGGUCAUGCCACUUGGAUAAUGGCACUCAGCAACAUUUAUGUAAUACUAAUGAUGAAAACUCAUGGCUAGUGAUAUGUAAAAUAAAAUUUUCUUUGCAGUAAAAA